AUGUUCACUAUCCUUCUAUAUAUCUUGCUCAUCAGUGCAGACCUCGCAAGAUGCGUCGCUGUGCCAGCGGAACUCCUUACCCGCAACGACGACGCCAUGACAAUUGAAAGGACAUGCCGCUGGUCUAAUUGCGACGAAAGAUGCCCAGUCGGCUUCGUCGUCGUUCCUCGUACAGGCAAGGGCGCUCGAAAAGACGAAGACCCUAUUUUUGGUGCUCCGGCCCCUCUAAAGAAGGACCUGAGUUCCCGAAUGUCGCAGUCCGAUCAAGGGUUGAAUUUGGCGGCGAACGGGCCUGCUUUUAUGGACAAAAGUCUUAUUGCUGCAAGAAUUACAAUAACGGAGCGUUCCUACCGCCAGCCUUCUCACAGUGUUAUUGGGCCGUGGAAUUGA